AUGGUUCGCUACGCAGCAACACACAUCGAGCCCGCCAAAUCCGCCCGCGCUCGCGGCUCCUACCUCCGUGUCUCUUUCAAGAAUACCCGCGAGACUGCGCAAGCCAUCAAUGGCUGGAAAUACACGCGCGCCGUGCAAUACCUCGAGAAUGUCAAGAACCAUGCGGAAGCGAUCCCGAUGAGGAGAUAUGCUGGGAGCACUGGCCGUACUGCGCAAGGCAAGCAGUUCGGCGUCAGCAAGGCACGUUGGCCGGUCAAGUCUGCCGAGUUCCUCCUUUCGCUGCUCAAGAACGCGGAGGCGAACGCCGAUACCAAGGGUCUCGACACGAGCAACCUGAUUGUCAAGCAUAUCCAAGUCAACCAGGCACCGAAGCAGCGGAGACGGACGUACCGUGCGCACGGUCGCAUCAAUCCAUACAUGUCUAACCCAUGUCACAUUGAGAUGAUCCUGACUGAGGGUGAGGAGGUUGUGCAGAAGGCGCCGCAGGUUGUCCACCGCGAGCAAGGCCAGCAUCUCUCGUCGCGCCAGCGCGGCAAAAGAAUGAGGCAGAUUACUCAGAGCGGAGAGGCAUAG